UUUGAGACAGGGUUUCUCUGUAUAGCCCUGGCUGUCCUGGAACUCACUCUGUAGACCAGGCUGGCCUCGAACUCAGAAAUAUGCCUGCCCCUGCCUCCCAGAGUGCUGGGAUUACAGGCGUGCGCCACCACCGCCCUCGCAGCACCUAGAGUUUUAAUGGUUUGUUUUUUGUGGGGUUUUUGGUUUUUUGGUGGUAAGUAGGGGACGGAGCUGAGAUCGGCUCUUCUACAGCACAAACUGGCCUGGAACUUUGUGGUUUGAACUUCUGAUUCUUCUGCCUCAAUCUCCUGGGUAUUAGGAUUAUAGCUUUGUGUCCCACACCCCAUGUAUUCAGUCCUGGGAAUUGAAGCCAAGGCUUUAUGCAUGCUAGACAGGCAAGAACUCAACAUUGAGCACAUCUCUGGCCUGUAAACCCAAAGAACUAAAAUCAGGUAAGAAGGAUAUAAUAUAUGGGAUGGGAGCAAAAAUUGUUCAGUAUUAGAUGGCCAAGGAAGAUCUGGGUGACUUAAAGGAGUGAGACUAUUCCAGAAGAAACAAGGCAAGGGCCAAAUGUGGUGGUGCUAAAGCUAAGGAGGCUGACUCAAGAGAAUUACUUCAAGUUCAAGGGCAGCUUGGAGUGUAUGAGUUAAAGCCAGCCUGGUGACAUAGUCAGACUCGAGCUCAAAAAACCUGUGUAAGGAGCUCAGGGAACUCAGGUCGGAACAUGGAAAACAAGUAUGGCGGGGCACACCUCAGUCCCCAACACCUGGGGAACUGACCAAGAAGGAAAAUUUUAAAGCAGCCCUGGCUCUAUAGUGAGCUCCAUGUCGGUCUUGGAGGAAGGGGUGCUGGGAAGAUGGCUCACACACAAACAUAGUUUUAAAUUAAAAGAGAAUGGGACAAAAAUUGAGGCACAAGCAUAGGGGGAGGAAAGAGGGCGGCUAGAGGGCGGCUCUUCAGAGCAGCCGCUAAGCCGCGGUGGUCUAGUAUUUUGGGUGCCAGCGCCAUCCUCGAGAGAGGAAUGUUAGCUGCACGGACUUCUGGCUGCUGGCCUGAGCAUGGUAACUCAUGCCUUAAUUUCAGCACUAACGAGGCAGGGCGGCCGGUGGAGCCCUAAGACUUGAUGGCCAGCGCGGUACAAACCGGAAGCUCCCCGCCAUCCUGUGUCAUAAAGUGAAACAAAACAAAAAGCAAAAGACUCGGCUGCUGAGACCGCUGUAGCUACCCUACUGAGGGGCUAAGACAGUGCAGCUGCAGGACUCGGUGAGGAUCCGCCUCACUCAGCUGUGCAAGCCCUGGGGAGGUGUGGCGAAUGGGUCUCCCAUCUGGGGCUGCUUAUUGGCGGCGAGGUGGGCGUGGCAAGAGUAGGAUCAGGACAAAACUACGCAGGCGCCAAGCUCCCUCGUUUCCAUGGCGACGAGGACUCACGCGCUUCAACUGAUUAGCAAACUGUCCUGUCCCAAGACUUUGGUCCUGCCGCUCGACUCUGUCGCCCUAAGGUGUUUCAGUUUUCCCUAUUCCGACUGCUUCCUGAAACCAAAGGAAUCUUGGUCCCUGGCAUGGGUGACCUGGAGCUGCUGCUGCCCGGGGAGGCUGAGGUGCUGGUGCGGGGCCUGUGCAGUUUCCAGCUUCGGGAGAUGGGAUCUGAAGGGUGGAACAAACAGCACGAGAACCUGGAGAAGCUGAACAUGCAGGCCAUCCUUGAUGCAACGUCCAGCCAGGCCGAGCCCAUCCAGGAACUGCUGGUCACCCAUGGGAAGAUCCCAACGCUGGUGGAGGAGCUGAUUGCAGUGGAGAUGUGGAAACAGAAGGUUUUCCCCGUGCUGUGCAGGCUGGAGGACUUCAAGCCCCAGAAUACCUUCCCCAUAUACAUGGUGGUACACCACGAGGCCUCCGUCAUCAAUCUCCUAGAGACGGUUUUCUUCCACAAGGAGGUGUGUGAGUCAGCUGAUGACAAGCUCUUGGACCUAGUAGACUAUUGCCACCGCAAGCUGAUACUGCUGGUGGCCCGGAAAGGCGGUGGUGACCUGUCUGAAGAAGAAAGGUUCCAGGACAGUACCCCUAUGCAAGAGCUGCAGAAGCAGGCAGAGAUGAUGGAAUUCGAGAUCUCCCUGAAAGCCCUCUCUGUGCUUCGUUACAUCACAGACUGCGUGGAUAGCCUUGCCCUGAGCACACUGAACCGAAUGCUUACUACUCACAACUUGCCCUGCCUCUUGGUGGAGCUGCUGGAGCACAGUCCCUGGAGCCGAUGGGAAGGAGGCAAGCUGCAGCAUUUUGAGAGUGGCCGAUGGCAGACAGUGGCCCCCUCAGAGCAGCAAAAGCUGAACAAGCUGGAUGGGCAAGUAUGGAUCGCCCUGUACAAUCUACUGCUCAGCCCCGAGGCCCGAGCCCGCUACUGCCUCACAAGCUUUGCCAAGGGACAGCUGCUUAAGCUUCAGGCCUUCCUCACUGACACACUGCUUGACCAGCUGCCCAACCUUGCCGAUCUGAAGGGUUUCCUGGCCCACCUGGCCCUGGUUGAAACCCAGCCCCCUAAGAAGGACCUAGUGUUAGAACAGAUCCCGGAAAUCUGGGACCGGCUGGAGCGAGAGAACAAGGGCAAAUGGCAGGCUAUUGCCAAGCACCAGCUUCAGCACGUGUUCAGCCUCUCGGAGAAGGAUCUUCGUCAGCAGGCACAGAGGUGGGCUGAAACCUACAGGCUGGAUGUCCUGGAGGCCGUAGCUCCGGAGAGGCCCCGCUGCGCCUACUGUAACGCAGAGGCCUCCAAGCGCUGCUCCAGAUGCCAGAGUGUGUGGUAUUGUUGCAGGGAGUGUCAAGUCAAGCACUGGGAGAAGCACGGAAAGACGUGUGUUCUAGCAGCCCAAGGUGACAGAGCCAAGUGAAGGCCGCAGCUGCUGAGGGCCACAGAAGAGCAGCACCCAGACUGCGACUCUGAGCUUCGGGGACUCUUCUCUGGCCCCAGUCAGACCUCAAUUUCCCUGGUGAGGAAGGAGCACAGCUGAGGCGAGUAGAGCUGCAAACCACCACACACAAGCCAAGCUCUUCACUUCCUGCCCCACCCAGCCAAUACGUAAAGGACCAGGCCACAGCAUCAGCAAACUGGCAGACAGGGUGGGUUGGGGGGGGGUGUUGUAAGC